AGAAGCUGAAACUUAAACCUUUUAUUCUUCUUCAUCCAAACAAGAUGGAAAAGUUAUUUUUGUUGCUUCUUUUCUGUCUCGGUUCAUCAGCAGUGAAACACUCCCUCAAGUAUGUUCUCACUGCGUCUUCUGGAGUCACAAACCUCCCACCUGUUGUGUCUGUUGCACUGGUCGAUGAUAUCCAGGCAGGUUACUGCGACAAAGAGUCGUUAAAACUACAGGGCUGGGUGAAAAAUUAUUCAGAUACCGACCCUCGGCAGCUGGCGUGGUACAGUGAAAAGUGUCAUGAGAUUUUUCCGAACGUCUACAAAGCCAGGAUGUCCGAUUUGAAGCAGCGCCUCAACCAAAGUGAUGGUGUCCACAUUUUACAGAGGAUAAGUGGCUGUGAAUGGGACGAGGAGACUGGAGAAGUUGUUGGUUUUUCACAGUUUGGUUAUGAUGGAGAAGAUUUCAUAUCAUUGGACCUGAACACACUGACAUGGGUCGCUCCGAACCCACUGGCUGUCGUCACCAAACUGAGAUGGGAUGUUGACAAAGCGAGAAUGAAACACGAUAAGAACUUUUUAAUUCAGACUUGUCCUGAAUGGCUGAAGAAGUAUUUG